AUGGCUGAGUACACCCGUAUUCCGGUCGCCGCUGUAGGCGAGAAGAGGUUCCAUGUGAUGAAGAUAGAGGGAUACUCGAGAGCCAAGCAGCUCUUCAGCUCGGGCAAACAUACCAGAUCGGCGUGUUUCAGCGUCGGAGGCCAUAGCUGGGCUGUGCAAUGCUAUCUAAACGGCGACACGGAUCCGGACUUUAUAUCCCUCUACCUGCUUCUUGAUUCUUCUGAUGAUGCCAGAGAGGUGACGGCGGAGUUCAGUUUCAGCGUGCUAGACAAGGACGGAGAAGCGGUGGCCUCGCUCAGCCGUACCCAUUGCACGCGCAGCUUCAAACCGAAAGGUUUAGGCUGGGGCUACUCUAGCUGCGUGAGGAAGGCCGAUCUGGAGCGAUCUGCGCAUCUGAGAGACGAUUCCUUGAGCAUCGGAUUCGAUGUGGCCGUCAUGAAGGCGAUCGGAAGCAGGGUGGCAAGGGUUCCUCCGAGCGACCUGCAUCAGCAUCUCGGCGACCUCCUUAAAAGCAAGGAUGGAACGGACGUGACCUUCCAGGUCGGAGGGGAGAGUUUCUCGGCUCAUAGGUCCGUGCUCGCUGCGAGGUCGUCUGUUUUCAAGGCGGAGCUCUUCGGUGCCAUGAAGGAGAACACGGUCGACACGAUCGAAAUUGGUGAUAUGGAAGCUGAUGUGUUCAAGUCCUUGCUCAGUUUCAUAUACACCGAUUCACUGCUUGAUGGCGAAGCACCUGGAGACGUGGUAAUGGCUGGCCACCUGCUUGUUGCCGCGGACAGGUACAACAUUGAGAGGCUGAAGCAGAUUUGUGAGCGCAAGCUAUGCAGUCACAUUGACACCAACAUGGUGGCGACCAGCUUGGCUUUGGCUGAGCAGCAUGGCUGCCAUGCACUCAAGGAGGCAUGUUUGCAGUUUCUCGCUUCUCCUUCCAAUUUGGAGGGGAUGAAGGCAAGUGAAGGCUACAAGCAUCUGAAAAGCAGUUGCCCGUCUGUUCUUAAGGAGCUAGUGGCUAGACUCCUGCCGGCCGAGCUCAAAGCGGCCAAGGACAUUAUCAUGGAAAUUUAG